AUGGAUGAUGUGGCCGGCGCUGCUUCAUGUAGUGAAGAGGACCUCCGUCAGUUCCUCGAGUUUGCUUCCUCGUUUCACCCUAACCUUGAAUAUACAGAGUCGGUCUCACCGGACAAACUUCCUUUCCUGAAUAUCUGCAUGAAGCCUCAAGCUAAUCGCAUAGCCACUUCUAUACAUUACAAAGCCACGGAUAGCCACUCUUACCUCGACUUCAGUUCAUUUCAUGCUUACAGUUGCAAGCCAUCCAUACCUUAUAGUCAGUUUCUCAGACUGCGUAAGAUCUGUAGCGAUGAUGCUGACUUCGACAUUGUGGCAGCAAAAAUGGAGACCUUUUUUGCAGCACGCGGAUAUCCGAAUGACCUCAUUAGAAGGGGAAGGGAACGAGCGUCGACCAAAUCAAGGGCUGAAAUUUUGAAGAGUGACGCUGCUAACAACAUCGCUAAGGAUAGAGUACCUUUCGUCACUACCUUCCACCCCAGUAACCUUGUUGUCGAGAAAAUAAUCUCAAGGAAUUUCCGGAUCCUUCGCGAGGAUAGCAGGACAAGCAAGAUGUUUAAUAAACCACCACUGAAGGCUUUCAGUCGUGCCAAGAAUCUGAAGGAUCUGCCAGUCAGAAAGAGCCUACCUCGAAACCUUCCACACCAAUCACCAGGUACUUUCCCUUGUAACAGGACCGUUUGCCGCACAUGA